AUGGCGGGCAUCAAAGUCACGAAAAGUGAGCCGUAAGCCUGUGCCAUGUGAAGUUUAUCUGCUUUUGUUAAUCACUGUGAAUGUUUGUGGUCCACAAGGAAGACAGCGUGAUGUGCAGGCCGUGCUGUAUUAUUUAGAGCUUGAAAUGGAAGGCUGUGAAACUUGCCGGGAGGUAUUCCGGCUGCUGUCAUCAUAUGUUGAGACAUGUGGAGCCGGUGACAAAUUUGAAGUACGAAAGAAAGAUGUUUGGACUUUACUGGAGUUUUCCCAAACAUGGGGUCAGAGGCAAUGCAGCUGCCUCUUCAAGGACUACAAGAACUUUGAGAGGCUCAACAAUUUGGUGCAGCUUAUCCUAAGGUUCGCAAUCAACAUCAUUGCAAACCCUAAGCACCCACUGGAAGACACUGCAGAGGGUGAGACCCAAGAUAAAACUCCAUCCAUAAAGGUACAGGAAGAGGUAACUAAAGAGGAUUCAUCCAAGGAGGACGUCUCCAAGGAGGAGGAUGCUGGACAAAAAGACGAGGAAGACUCCCAGAAACCUGCGUCCCCAAAGCCAUCCAGAACAUCAGAAGAACCUUCUUCGGAGUCGAAGAAUGCAAAUGCUAACACAAACGACGAAGAGGAGGCGGGUAUUUCAAACUCUAAAGAUGAAUCUGGCAGAGGGGACUCUACUGAAGAUGUUUCCAAGGAAGAGAUGGAAGUGGAUCGAGGGAACAGGCAGCCGAAGGAGCUGGAGGUGGAAAUAUGGAGUUUAGAAGAUGAGGAGAAGCUGCUGCAGUUUGUUGCCAAAGUGUUCCAGAUGAAUUUUCCGAUGUACGCAGCACACAAGCAGUAUUACCAUGGUCUUGCUGAGCAGGAAACAUCAUCUCAGGAGUCGGAGGCCCUGGGCAAUUACUGCGAUAUGAAUGAUCUGGAUGUGCCGAUCCACCUGCUGCGUAAUGUGUGCUUCUUCUGUGACAGUAACGGGCUGGCUGUCAUGAGACAGUGCUUCGAGGCAGCUACACCCGAUACCCUUCCCUUCUCAUUGGCCCAUGCCAUCAUUGCCAUUGUGGCAAAUCUUCGUUUGUGGCUUCAUCUCCAUGCCGUGAUGCAGUUUGUCGCCCCGUUAAGGACGCAUGUGAUCAGAUAUUUGUGUCGGCUUCCUGAUAAGGAGUUACGACGCGCCAGCGCCCGUAGUAUGGCGGAUAUGAUGUGGAGUGCGAUCAAGGAGCCAAUGGAAGCGCCUCUGUCCUUCGAUCGGGACAGCCUGGAGUUAGCUCUCAAGUAUUUCAUGUCGUCCACACUGACCAUGAGGCUCGCCGGCCUCAGUCAGAUAACUAGCCAGAUUCACAUGUUUAACGAAGUAUGCAACAACGAGUCUGUGGCAGACAUUGACAAUGUUGGUUCCCAAUUGACUGCCUGGCUGCUUGAGAAGGAGGUUGUCGAACAUCUGUUUGGACCCAAUAUGCAUCUGGAGAUCAUCAAGCAAUGUCAGAUCAUUCUCAACUUCCUGGCAGCAGAGGGCGCUCUGACCACCAAGCACAUCGAUACUAUCUGGGCAGCCACCCAGCUGAAGCACUCCGGCCGUUACGUCCACGAUCUCUUCCCUCAUCUUAUUAAGAAUCUAGAAGCAGGACCCCUGUUCCACCUACUGAAGCUUGUUUCCAGGCUGCACCCAGCAGAACACACAGAGCAGACGCUAUACCUUUCCCAAGUCAUAACCAAGUGCAUAUGGACCAGCGCGGUGUCGAGUAGCGCUGUGAGUGCCACCACACUAAGGAGACCGGAUACCAGACACUCGCAUCAUGAGUUUCCUCUGCUUCGAAGCAACUUAGAAAUUGGACCAGACAAAGGUGGGAUGAACAGCAACAAUAGUCGUAUGGUGGAGAUCUACGAGCUGGAAGAUGAUGAUGAGGAUAAUGUAGAAGAGACUAUUCGGAGUGCCUUGGAGGAUCAGUCCUCUCAUUGUAGUAACACACAUGAGGAGGAAAGUAUAGAUGUCAUUAGAGUAGAUUCUCAAAGCGCUACAGAAAGAGAGGAGAUAAUAACCGAUGGAAACUUACAAACAGAACUUAGAAGUAAAACCCCAAAGCACGGCUCCCGCGGCGGUGGUAAAAGCUCACACAAGACUCUCAGUGCAGCUAGCCGUCGAAGGAAAAGACUUCUGAAACUGAGACUCGUUGAAGAGGGGUCGGAGAGUUCGAUUACCGAGCAUGACUCGGAUAACAUUGACUCUGAGAAUGAGGCCAUGGUGACGAGUCCAGAGAACUCAGAGAGUGACAGUGACGUGACUGAAGAAAGUGAGGAACACGGCACACAGCUGGGAAGCGAGUAUGAGGACGUCAGCGAGGAGAGUGAUGUUGAGAUGCGAAGCGAGGAAGAGGACGAUGAUGAGACAGGGAUCAGACAUCCCUGCUGCAGGUCUACAAUGCUCGGUCGGCGCAGUCAGUUACGCAAGUGCCUUGUUGGUGGAGACAUCAGCGAUAGUGCCUCCUCCGAGGAGAGCGGCGUCCAGCACAGACAUUUCUUCCCCGCGGAGGUCCGGCCGAGGAGAGAACAAAUGAAGAAACAGCAGCUGCUGAUCGGAGACUUAGAGGAGGAGAAGGCCGAGGAGGGGGAAGAAGGAGACGGAGACGCAGUCGAUGUUGAGAUUGAAAGGACACGGAUAGGAUGUGAAGGGGUCAUGGGUUCCUUGCCCCCAUCCCCGCAGUCCGAUCGAGGGCAGCUACCCCAAGAAGCUCAGGAGGCCGAGGAUUACUACGUUAGGAAUAGAGGACUAGAAACUGAGAUUUAUGACUGUAGGAGAUAUCUUCCUCAUCGGCAUACAAUACGGGGCAAUGUAAUGGACGAGCUGAUCAGCGCAGACGAAGGCUCGUGCAGUAGCUCCCAGGCCAGCGCCAAGUCCGAGAAGAACAUGGCCGACUUUGACGGGGAAGAAGAAGAAGAGGAAGACUCUGUCUGCUCUGAUGAACUCUUGCAACUCAGCGCUCAUCUCAGUUCAAUACAUCAUCAUCAUCAUCCACACUCACAUCGUCAUCGCCAUCAUCAUCACCUGCCUGAUAUGGGACCUGUGUAUCGAAGUAGACUGUCUAGUACGUGUUCCAAUCACAAUGAGAGAGAGGACCCAUCCACUCCCUUUGUGGACUUCAACUUUGAGGAAGUUUGCAAAAGAGGGCACACGUUACUGUGGGACCAAGUACAGGAUGAGCACGCUAUCCAUCUCGCAGAGGGACUAGCAGCGGAGGCGGAGAAACUUCUAUGUUCGCUCGUCUGUUGGUUCCCUGAAAGAGAAAUCCGCAUGAAGUUUGUCGAAGGCUGUCUGGAGAAUCUGAAGAGCAACAGGUCCGAAGUUGUUUCUCUACGUCUUUUGCCGAAGCUGUUUGGUUCCUUUCAACAAUAUCGUAAUAAUUACAAUACCCACUGGAUCACCAUGUGGGCAGAGGAAGAGCUUCAUAUGAUGGAACUAUUCUUCAGUAAUCUCAUUCAUUAUACCAGCCAGGUCAGAAGUGGUGAACGCCCCGACAGAACACUCUAUACACAUACUACUGAGGUACAAGCGAGACUACAAUUCCUGACUUGCGUCUUUUCUACUCUAGGAUCACCUGAUCACUUCAGAUUAACUCUUGACCAAGUGGACACCCUGUGGACGUGUCUGGCCACAGACCCUGAAUGUGGUGAUGAAGCAUUGAGUUGGUUCCUCAACCAGGCUGGUAACAAAGACCAACAUGCACUCGGGUUAGAAACCUUCAAGCAUAUCUUCUUCAACAAGAUGCCCCAGCUUGAGCCGGAGAGUAUUAGCAUGACUGGUCUUAACCUCUUCACUCAGCUGUGUAGCUUAGCUAGACUAGCAAGCUCGUCAUCUUACGAUAGCCCGCCUGUAGAGAUGCCUGGAAUUGAUCAUCUAUGGAAGAUUGCUCUGCGAGCUAAGAAUACUGACGUCAGCUUAUCUGCAAUCAAAUACAUCAACUCCUACUACAUCAACGCUGGUAAUGGCUCAUUGGAGAAGGAGGAGGAGUUUAUAAAGCGCUGCAUGGAGAGUUUGUCUCAGGCGUCUGCUCAGUUGGAUACUUCUCAAGACUCCAGUCUCUUGGUGCUACAGAGAGGACUGAUCCUCCUUAAGACACAUCUUGAGGCCUUCAGGAAAAGGUAUGCGUACCAUCUACGUCAGUGGCAGCUCCAGGGACGAGGAAUCACGAAUCAUAAGAGACAUUUGUUGGAGGGGCACUCACAGACGCUGAGAGUAGUGUGCCAGCUGGCUGGCAUGACUGAAAAGUUUACAGUAGAGCUUAGUUCAUCCGACCUCGUUGCUGACCUCAGGGCAGAGGUCACGCACAUCAGCGAGCAAUUCCAGCAGCAGCAACACCAACAGCAACAGCAGCAGGCCUGCCCAGAACAAGAAGACGCCCCGUCCCAGAAGCAGCCCCCUGCAAUGGGCUUUGCUGGUCUGACGGGGGCCCUGUCGGCGUCCUCGCUCCAGGGUCAAAGGCCGGUCAGAAUGAUCUCCGUUGGUCAUGAGCUGACCCCUGACCUCGAUGAGAAGAACCUGAAAGAGAUGGGAUUCUGUGAUCUUCAGCUUGUGUUUGUGUCAUUUGGUGCAAUACGACGGGAGAGGAAACGAGACGGUAUGGACCAGCCGGCCUCGUGUCUGCCCCCACCUCCUCAAGCCAAACUCCCCAUGAUGCUGCUCCUACAAGAACCCCAUUUUGGCUGCCUCUUCCAUUUGUUACAGCAGCUGAAUGAACUGCAGGGGGAGAAACAGGAUGUGGAAACAGCUCAAGAGCUUUUAGGGCGGACUCAGAUGCUCUCUCGUAAUGUCUGGCAUCUACUCAUGCUUCUUCCAACCAGCUCAGACAUGCUCAAUAAAUUCAAAGUGCUCGUCUCACCAUCAGAAGCAGACAAAGAUUUAAAGGAUGACCAGGCAGAAGUCCUUGCCGAUAAGAAAGCAGCAACCAAGGAGGACAUCUCUGCUACCCCGACAGCUACCCAAGCCAACUGGCCGGAGCUUCUUGACGUCAGCAACACGCAUAAGUUACUCUACUCACUCCAGAUUGUAGAGUCUCUCGGCCAGCCAGACCGCAAGAAACGUGGGAAGUCUCUGGCUUGCGUUGGAAGAGGUGACCAUAGUCCUUUACCCAGCUCGUCUGAGUUUGGCACCAUUGAUCUUAAGGGUAUUCAGCUGAGUCAAAGUGAGCCGUGUCUGUCAACUGCUGGAUCAGAUGAUGGGAGAGAGUCAUGGAACGUAAUGUUUGUUGAGAGUGGAGGUCUGAAACACCUGUUUAACAUCUUCAUGUCUGGAAACCUGGAAGCUAAGAGUGGACAGCAUUGGAACCUGUGGCAACAAGACUGCCUGGCGUGCAUCUUGAAGCUCAUCAAUGAGUUUGCCAUCGAGCAGGCCCCCCUAGAUCAGGGACAAGAUGACGUCUUUGAGGCGCAUUCCUCCAGUGAAGAAGCCCCGCAUAAGUGUCCUCGCAGGACGAGACAGAGUAGUGCUGACGUGGGAGGCAUCACCACCAAACUAUCUCAGCAACUGUUGGAGUUGAUGUCCGAGGAAGGUGUUCUAGACAGACUGAUGACCGUUCUGUAUGAAGCAGCUGCACCGUCUGAUACUGUACAAGUCCGUGCUGGAUACUGGGUGAUCCACUAUGCCAUGAAGCUACUGGUCUCCUGGGCAUACAGCGAUCCUGAAGUCAGGGUACUACUCUGCCAGAAUAAACUCUUUGACAAGUGGCUGCAGAGACUGGUGCUCCAGACGAGUGAGGUGUACGUGAGACGAGAGGUUUGCGACUCUCUCUACAGACUGUGUGAAGGAAGUAGCCUCCCAUGUCAGCAUUUUUCAUGGGCUCUGCUCUCUAGUCUCCUCAGUUUCCUCUCACAAGCUCAGAGUAUACGCCCCAAGAAGGAUUACAGUAAGAAUGUAGACGACUACGGUCCCGGCUGUAGGAACUACUUCUGGCUGUUAUGCUCCAUCGUGGACAACAUCGACAGACAGCAUGACUGGUCCAUCGGUAGCGGCAGUAGCUCCCCUGGUCUGGAUCAAGAGAAGAAGGUUAUUAAUGUCAACACCAUCGCUAGACAUCUAGCAGAAGGCAUUCAGAGUCGCCCUGUGUUGGAGGAGAGACAUAACACUAUUGAGGACUUGGCAUUGACUGGCUUGCUUAAACUCUGCACGGCCGUCAUGAAACACAAUCCACCCUUCAAGUUUAGCAAAGAGGGACAGGUGUUUCUGGCCAACGUCUUUGAGUGUCUCUUUGCUGUAGCCAACAUGGAGGAACGCAAUCUCCCUAAGUGUAAAUCUAAGGGGAGUCGGCUGGCUAACUAUGACUUACUGAUCGAGCUUGCCAGGGGAUGUCAGGACAGCUAUGCUUGCUUGCAUCGACUCAUGCUGCAGCAACACACACCAGGUUCACAUGGCCCGUACCCAUGGCAAUAUUGGCCUCAGGAUGACGGCCGGUCCUCCUGUGGCUAUGUUGGUCUGACCAACCUCGGAGCGACGUGUUACAUGGCGUCUUGCAUGCAGCAGCUGUUCAUGAUGCCAGAGGCCCGUGCACCCAUUCUCAGCGCCAUGAUAACCGAUGACACUCACCACGCCAACAUCCUGAUGGAGCUUCAAAGAAUGUUUGCCUUCCUCCAAGACAGCGAGAGGAAAGCCUACAACCCACGUAGCUUCUGUAAGGUCUACACCAUGGACAAGCAGCCCCUGAACACCGGGGAGCAGAAGGAUAUGACGGAGUUUUUCACCGAUCUCAUCAGUAAGAUGGAAGAGAUGACGCCACAGCUUAAUGAUUUAGUAAGUAAUCUGUUCAAGGGGGAGCUGACGAACAAUGUUGUUUCUCUGGACUGUCCUCAUGUGAGUAGUACAACAGAAGAGUUUUGUACAGUCAGAUGCCAAGUUGCUGACAUGAAGAACCUCUAUGAAUCGUUAGAUGAAGUGACAGUCAAAGACACCCUCGAGGGAGAUAACAUGUACACAUGCUCACAGUGCGGCAAGAAAGUCAGAGCAGAGAAACGGGCAUGCUUCAAGACCUUACCCAAGAUCUUAUCCUUCAACACAAUGCGCUACACCUUCAACAUGGUGACUAUGAUGAAAGAGAAAGUCAAUACCCACUUCUCAUUCCCUCUCAAGCUGGACAUGGCGGGCUACACGGAGGCUGCCCUCAUGGGCUCCGACAAAGACAAGCAAUCUGACGAUAGUUCCUUCAUCUAUAACCUGAUCGGCGUGACGGUCCACACCGGCACGGCGGACGGGGGUCACUAUUACAGCUUCAUCAAGGAUCGUAUGCACAGCUCCGAUGAUAGAUGGUACAUGUUCAACGAUGCCGAGGUCAAACCGUUUGAUUCCACUCAGCUGGCUGGAGAGUGCUUCGGUGGUGAAAUGACGACCAAGACUUAUGAUUCGGUCACAGACAAGUACAUGGAUUUCUCAUUCGAAAAGACCCACAGUGCCUAUAUGUUAUUCUAUGAGCGAUGUCUACCAGAGGAUAUCCACAAAGAACCUCCAGCCCAGCCUGUCAUAGAGCUACCUAAAGAACUUGCUGAGUGGAUCUGGCAAGACAACAAGAACUACCUUCGAGAUCGUUCAAUCUUUGAUCACUCUUACAUGAACUUCAUGUGGCAGGUGUGUAGUUAUCUGCCGUCAACUCUUCCAGACCCUUCACAAGUGCAACUCAUGGCCUCCAAGUUGACGACAACCUUUGUCUUGGAGACGUUAAUUCACGCCAGAGAGAAACCCACCAUGUUACAAUGGAUGGAGCUUAUGACUAAACAGUUCCAUACAUGCCAAGCAGCCUGUGAGUGGUUUUUGGACUACAUGGCUAAUGAUGACUGGUGGCCACAGCAGAUUCUGAUUAAGUGUCCCAUUCAAACAUGCAGACAGUUGUUCCAGAGACUUUGUGUCCAUGUGAUCAGACAACUGAGGGACAAACACGCUCCGUUGUAUCUUCAUCCAAUCGUAGAUGGGGAGGACGAGGUGGAUAUUCCUCCUGAUGAGAUUGGCAAUUAUUCCUGCGUGACAAGAUUCAUCAAGAAGCUCCUCUCCAUCAUUGAGCAUGGUGUACGUCCACAGUCCAAACACCUGACAGAGUACUUCUCGGUCCUCUACGACUUCGCCAAGAUUGAUGAAGAUGAGGCACAGUUCCUUACAUCUGUAGAAGCUAUUUCAAUCAUGACCAACUUCUAUCUCGGAACUAAAGCUGCCGAUUAUGUGGAAGUUGUCUCAGACGAUGAUAAUGAAGAUGAUGAAGAUGAGGAUGACAUCAUCUCGCUGACGGAAGACAAAUACAAACCGACGUCCCUAGAGAAGAUGAUCUCACUCAUAGCGUACCUGGUAGACUCCUCAAGAACUGAUCGACAACUCAUGCUGUCGCAGACGGACUAUGCGGUGCUUGUAGCUGGCAAGGGAUUCCCGUUCUUGUUUCAACAAAUCCGAGACUGCAUCAAUCUCCAGCAGACUCGUAAUCUCAUCAUCAGCCUGACGAGGUUCCAGCCUAGACUAGCCGAGCAGAUAGUUGCCAUGAUCUUCAAUGCCAUCGCUAAACUCAAUCCGGAGGCUGGCCAGCCCUUCUUCAAGAUCCUGUCCAUGUUGGUAGAGACGGCAGGAGGACCACCAGGUGUACCUCCAUUUACACCCAUCAUACUCCAGAGAAUAUGGGAGGUGUCGGAGUUCAACCCGAUUCAAGUUCUGGAUUGGUUGGCCGCUCAAACCCCCAGGAAUAAGCUGGCUCAUCAUUGGGUGCUCCAGGGGGUCAAGACGUGGGUGGAGCAUUUCCUACUGGCCCAUAAUAAUGUCAGAGUUAGGAAUGCCGCUGCCUUUUUGUUGAUCUCCUUGGUUCCUGACGCUCACUUCAGACAGUCCUUCCGCUCAGCUCGGUCAGUUCAUAGUCCACAGAAGGAGAUUAGAUUGAAUCCAGAAGCCGUGGUAAUCCUUCAGCAGAUCUACUCAAUCCUACUCAAACACCUGCCGAGGGCAAGGCAUUAUGUUGAUGCAUCUAUCCAUGGGACCACCAAGCUGGUUGCUUACUUCUCUGUUCUCAGUCACUGUAUCAUCAGUAGGAUAGAGAAGAGAAUGUUUUCCCAGUAUUUCAUGGAUCUUUGGAACCUUUACCAGCCCAAGUUGUCUGAGCCUCCUAUACCAUGCAACCACAAUAAACAGGCUAUGCUCCAGUUCUGGUACAAUGCCUGCGUGGACGUUCCUGAGAAUGUAGAGUUGAUCAUCAGCAAUCCAACUGUAGUCAAACACCUGCCGUACAACUACAUCCUAGCGGAUCAUGACGACCAGGAGGUGGUGAUGUUCAACAGGAUCAUGUUGCCGGCCUACUACGGACUCCUACGUCUCUGCUGUCAACAGUCGCCACAGUUUGCUAGAGCUCUUGCUGUUCAUCAGAACAUGCAAUGGGCAUUCAGGUUUCUCACGCCAUAUGCUAGCCAGUACCCUAUGGUAGUGGAUGAGCUGUUCCGCAUGAUGAAGCUGUUUGUGUCCCGCCAGCCAGAUAUAACGAGCGAGGAGAGUGCUCAGAUCCAGGAAUUUAAGAGAAUGACGCUCAAGUGUUACCUGGAAUGCCUGGAAAGAAGCUCCUGUUGGACAACCCUUAUCAGUGCGUUCCGCGUGUUACUAGAGAAUGAUGAAGACAGACUGGGCGUCAUCACAUACCAUGGGCUCAGCAGACUGGCGGAUGCAUUCAACACACUUCACAUGAUGUACCAGGAGGCAACGGCCUGCCAUGUCACUGGAGAUCUGGUUGAGCUUCUCUCUAUCACGCUAUUGACUCUACAAUGUGCCGUCAAAUACAGAGAUAGAAAGGAUGUGAAGCAGUCGUUACUACAGUGGCAGGAGCGGUUGGAAUUUGCCCAGAAGUUGUUGACAUUACUCAACUGCUACACACCGGAUAAUGUCAGGAAAGAAAGUCUUGCUCUACUGAAUGAACUGGUAACCCUCUACCCAAGGGAAUGUGUGCAAAGACUGGUACCCAUCAUCCUGCACGCUCAUCACCACUUUCAGACAAAUAACAUCCCAUUGUCCACAGGUCCGUACUUCCCAAGACGUAUGCCAAAGCCUGCCCCGAACAAGACCAGCAUCAGACCUCUAAGACCUGAGCUUCAGAUGUUCCUUCAUCCCAGCCAACUGGAGACGUCUCAUGGUUCGGAUCCAGCGUAUGACGCAGCAUUGAGGGAGUACUUCCUACCAUAUCAUCAGCUCGUAGAGACGCUUUGUCAUACUGCCCUCAACGUCAACCUCUUCACAGAGGAUACCAUCAACCUCAGUGGUUUGGUGGCGCUGGAAGGUGUACCCCUUCAGCUUGACUGGUUUGCCAAGCUGUGGAAACUCAUCUACCAUUCUGAGGGAAGCGAUAAGACUGGUGUGCAGCUUCUAUGUAGCCUUCAUACAUUCCAUGACUAUGUGGAUGGCAUCCUACUAGAUGAGAGGACAUCCUUCAACAACCCAGACAUCAACUCAUUCUUCUGUAUAUUCUUCCCUAAGGUGUACAAACAAAUCCUGUGCAAUACGUGGGAGUCGGUGGUAGACUCCAUCAUCUGUGGCAUACUUGGGGAGACUGAGGACGUUGAUCGCUACAAACAAGAUGAACUCAAGCUCAUGGCUUAUAAACUCAAUGGGGAUAUCCGUGCCCUUCUCUUGAUGUUCUCUGUGGUGCCCCCUCGGGCCAUGAAUCCCCACUUCCCACCAGCCCUCCAACACAUCCUCGCAGCCUGCAGAAGAGACAGAGAAGCCAGGCUAGCCGAGGUCAGUAGAGUUCAAAGGUCGGAACCAGAGGUCACUGAGAAGGAGGAGGUCAACGGUGAGGAGAGUGAUCGAGAUACUGACUCGGAGGCCGUCCCCAGGAAGAAAAUCAAGUUGAGUCCCGAAGGUGCCGAGAAAGAAGAGAGGAAUUCUCCCAAAGCUUCCACCAAAGACCAAGAGAAGACGCAACCUGAUGAAGUCACCACGUCGAAGACUGACGAAGCCGAGCAGAAGAAGACGAGAGAUUCUGCCAGCCCUCAUGAUGGCAGUGAUCAAGAAGGUGUGGAAGAGGACACAGUGGAAGAGGGUAAGCAGCCGUCAUCGGAUGCUGAAGGGGAUAAGACUUUCUUGUCGGACGCCAAGACGGCAGAGAGUGAGAGACCAAAGUCCCCCAAAAAAGAGAAACAGGAAGCGAGGAAUGAGACGCCGAGUCAAGACGUGCCAUCCACCAGUACCGCGAGUGUAGCAGUCGCUGACUCUAAAGAGCCUGUCAGAAGGUUGUCAAACUCGACGUUGAGGCAGCAGAACUUUGUGGAUGUGCUUGCUAGGAGCAUCGAGCAACUGAUGAAGUGUUUGGAGCAGGCUGUCUGAAACCAAUCGGUGAAAAGGAAUAUGUGGAAAUACUCUUUCAGUGAAGUCACUCUGUAAAAAUCACUGAUUAAGUCUGUUGUUUAAAGCAGGCUGUGCGGUAUCACUCGGUGAAAAAAGAAAAGAUGCUCUGUGAAUCUAUCAGUGGAAAUAAACAUUCAGUGAAGUCACUCUGUAAAAAUCACUGAGUGGUUACUCUGUUUGAUGCGGGCUGUGUGAAAUCACUCAGUGAAAAUGAAAUCUAUCAGUGAAACCCCUCAUGAAGUUCUUUUAUCACUGGGGCAGUCUGUAUGAGACCAUUCAGUGUGCAACAUCCUGUGAAAUCUAUGGGUGAAAGACUCAUUCUGUGAACUCACUCAGUGAAAAUUGCUUAUUAAUCACUGUGCCUGGAGCAGGCUUUGUGAAAUCACUUAUCAGUGAAUAACUCAUUGAAGUUUCUGAAAUGUUUGAACGAGUUUUGUGGAAUCAGUGAAAAUCUGUCUGAGAAGUGCUGACUUGGUUUAAUCAUGAGAAAGUUUUUUCAAUGCUUGAGCAAGCCAUUAUUUGGGGUUUUUGCAGUGAAUCACUUUUGUGAAAUACUGUGUGAAAUCACUCAGUGAAUCACAAGUUGACUCAGACAGUACUGAAUCAUUGAGCUUGUGAUGUGUAUUUCUAGAUUGGAUCGGGUUGGAUGAGGAAAGAUGCAAAAUCACGAUUGAAUCAAAAUCAAUGGGGUAAAAAAAUAUAUAUACCGAUGAAUUGCCCUCUGAUUGUACAUACUAAAAAAAUGCUGUCCUUCAAAUCUGUGCAGGGAAAAGAGGCUUGGCUGUGAAUAGAUAUUUAUUGUGACUUAUUCUCAGCAGACACUUUAAGUGUGCAUCAAUAAGAAAUCAUUUUAGUUUAUCGUCUCCGUCAAUAGAGUGAGAGUUCUUACCAUGGUCCUACCGUUUGAUUUCUUAGUGUCAGACCAUUCCCUUGCUGAGAAAUCUGUGAGAAUAACUUAAAGGCACUAGACAGGUUUGGUAAAUUGUCAGAGACCAGCAUUCUCACUCGGUGUAUCCCAAGAUA